GUUGCCCCAACCGUCGCCUCCGCAGCGGCGAGGCGCCGCCAUGGCAGAGCUAGGCCUUAACGAGCACCACCAGAACGAGGUGAUCAACUACAUGCGCUUUGCGCGUUCCAAGCGUGGCCUGCGGCUCAAAACAGUGGAUUCUUGCUUCCAGGACCUUAAGGACAGCAGGCUUGUGGAGGAGACCUUCACAGUUGAUGAGGUGACAGACAUGCUGGAUGGCUUGCAGACUGUUGUGCACAGUGAAGUGGAGUCAGAGCUCAUAAAUACAGCUUACACCAAUGUGUUACUUCUGCGCCAGCUCUUUUCACAAGCUGAAAAAUGGUACCUUAAGUUACAGACAGACAUCUCUGAGUUGGAAAAUCGAGAAUUGUUGGAACAAGUUGCUGAGUUUGAAAAAUCAGAAUUUACAUCUUCAAGCAAAAAGCCCAGUGCAGAUCUCAUUAAGCCAAAAUUGGCUCCAUUAAAUGAAGGUGGGUCAGAGCUGCUGAACAAGGAAAUUGCUAGACUUCAAGAAGAAAAUGAAAAACUGAAGAACAGACUCAAGACAAUAGAAACGCAGGCUACAAGUGCACUAGAUGAAAAGGUGAAACUAGAGAAGUCGCUGAAAGAUUUACAGAUGAUCCGGGGAGAUCAAAAGGCUGAUGUAAACCAGGAUAUAACUGAACUGGAAAAUAAAGUGGCAGCUUUGAAAUGUCAGUUUGAGAAGACCCUGAAUGACUCUACUGCAAAUCAAAAAUCUUUGGAAGAAAACUUGGUCACAACAAAGCAUGACUUGCUUAAGGUUCAAGAUCAACUAUCCACAGCUGAAAAGGAGUUGGAGAAGAAGUUUCAGCAAACAGCUGCCUACCGCAACAUGAAAGAGAUUCUUAUGAAGAAGAAUGAGCAGAUAAAGGAUCUACGCAGAAAGCUUUCCAAAUAUGAGCCAGAGGACUGAAAUACAAAGAACAUCUGAACUAUCAGAAGCUGCAGUAGAAAGAAAAUGUAGAUUUCAUGUUGUUAUUUUCUCUUAUUUUAGUUUUGAUUUGUUCACUUUCUGCUUGUAGUGCUUAGAAUCCCUUUUUAUUAAUACUGCCAAGAUGCUGAAACAUCUACCUUCUUCUUAACGUCAUGGAUAUCAUCUCUGUAGUUAUGUGUUUAAAUUGUUAACUUCACACACUGCCUGAGAAACAGCAAACUGCAGUUUAUUGAAGAACUGACACAAUUCUUUACAAAGAAUGUUUAUUUUUAUUAAGAAAAUUUWAAAAAAUAUGUAUAUGAAAUAAGCAUUAGUUUUUCUUAGGUGUCUCUGUGGUGAAAACAGCAAGUACUGCUUUCAUUUGCGUAGCCAUGAGGUGACGUUAUCUGUGGGAAUUACAUCAGUGGAGACGAGACCGRGAGGAGAGGGGUGAGGGGGAAAAAGGGGGGAAAAAACACUAAUUCUGUAAAACUUGCUCUGGAUGUCUGACCCCUCAGCAGAAUUUGGUCAGUAUAUACAGUGUAUAUAUGGUAACCUCAGUAGCUGAUCAGCGUGAGCUGAGGCAGUGGACAUGCA